ACGGCGGUAGCGAUGGUGAUCCCGGCGACUCCGAGAACCUCGAGGAGUUGAAGUAUGAUCCAGCCGACGACCGCUACCCCCGCGGGCUAGAAGGGAAGAAACUCCUCUGGGGUGCCUCGAACGCUGGCCCGCUGCGCCAUGGGCUUCAGAGUGGCCGCACGCGGAAGUAGACCCGGGAGAUGCAAGGUGCCGGGGAGAUGCCGGGGCCCGGAGAAACACCGGACCCGGAAGAGGCAUUGCUGGCGACCAUCCUUGAAACUGGCGGGACAGGGAUUGUUGAGGGCUACAUCUGCAACUCGCGAUGUGAAGGAGCAGUGGGACGAGGAGCAGACACGCCGUAUGGAGAUAUGUACAGGCGCGAGAUGCAGGAGGUGUUGGGCCCGGAACAGCAGGCGUUCGGGGCCGAUGUCGACGCCAGCGGGUCUUCGCAACCACUCCCAGACCCACAGCUAAGUAUGACCUCGCCAAUCGGGCAGAAGCCGAGUGAUGUGGAAGCAGUACCGAUGACGUACAAGGAUGUGAUGUGUUCCAAGUGCAAGGUUUUCUGGGAGGCGGCCAUGAAGAAAGAGAUAGAUGGCCACGACAAGACUGGAACCUUUACCAAGGUCAAGGAGCUGCCCGAGGGGCGGAAGGCCAUAGGUUCAAAGUGGGUGUUCUCUUGGAAGACGAAUGAGAAGGGCCUGAUAGUCGACUUCAAGGCCCGUAUGGUUGCGCGGGGUUUCUCUCAAAUCCACGGCAUUGACUUCCACCACUCAUUCUCAGCGUGCCCGUCUGCAGCGUCUAUCAAGACGGUGAUUGCCGUAGCCACUGAAAAGGGCAAGAACCUCGCUCACUGGGAUGUGAAGCAAGCGUACACCCACGCUAAGCUAAAAGAAGAAAUAUACCUCAGGUUCCCGGAAGGCUGUGGUUGCAUGUCCGGCAAGGUGGUCAAGGUUGAGCGUGCCCUGUAUGGCCUAAAGCACAGUGACCGUGAGUGGGGGUUUGAAGCUGUUGAUGCCCUCAUCGAGAAUGGAUGCGAGCAGUGCAGGGUUGACCCGCGUGUCUUCCGGAAGGUGGUGGAUGGAGAGGUCGUAGGUCUCAUCGUGAUCUACGUUGAUGACAUCGUCGUGGCGGCAGACGAGGGAGAGCGAGAGGAGUUGUUCCCUUCCCUCAACAAGAAGUUUCAGGUGACAAAUCUGGGGGAGUGUACCUGGUACGACGGGUGUGCUAUCGCCAUGGAUGUAGAAAAUGGCAUCACCCAGCUGUCCCAGACAGCGUACAUUGAGAGUAUGCUGAAGCGGUUUGAUGUGACCACGACCGCUUUCACCCUUGCUGCCACCGAUGCCGACCUAGGGCCGAAGAGAGAUGACGAGCCCGCGGUGGAUAAGCCUGUGAGGGAGGCGAUCGGAUGCCUGAUGUAGACGAAGCUGACGAGGCCAGACAUCGCCCUGCCUCUGAACGAGCUCCAGAAGAUCGCCAACUCACCCACUGGGAGGAUAUGGAACGCGCUUGUGCGGAUCAUGUCCUACCUGAACUUCACGAAGGACUUCGGCAUCACCUACGUACGGGGGUCAGGACUAGACCUAAGCGUGUUUGUCGAUGCCAGCUACGCUGACAACGAAGUAGACAGGCGUUCUACGACCAGGCUAGCAGUGACCGUAGGCGUUGUUUGUGCGUGGCGUUCUGUCGUUCAUAGCGCCCGAGACGAGUGGGGCGAAGAUUAAGGUCCUUGAGGANUUU